CGGUCAUGUGAUCAGCUGUGUCCAAUCACAGCUGAUCACAUGGGACAUGUACACUGAUCAUCAGGGCACUGAUGAUCAGUGUGCCCUGAUGAUCAGUGUGGCCCCAGAAGUGCCACCUGUCAGUGUCCAUAAGUGCUAGCAGUCAGUGCUCAUCAGUGCCAGUGCACAUCAAUGCCACAUAUCAGUGCCCAUCUGAGCUGCCUUUCAAUGUCACCUAUCAAUGCCAAUCAGUGCCACCUAUCAGAGCUGCCAAUCAGUGCCACCUAUCAAUGCCAGUCAGUGUCGCCUAUCAGUGCCAUAUAUCAGUGUCAUGUAUCAAUGCUGCCUUUCAGU